AUGAAACCUUCCACCACCGGCGUUUCGUUUAGCACCACCGUCAUCAUCAAAACCGCCGCAUUCUUCAUCGUCUCCUUCGCUUUCUUCUACCUCGGUAAACAUUGGUCUAACCACUAUCAACAACUCAUCUUCUUCACUGCAACUUCAAGCUCAACCUCCCACCACGUCUCCACAUCCCCCGAUCUCAACAAAACUUUCAACAUCACCUCCAUACUCAACAAACAAACCCUAAAAACUUCAGAACCUCUCAAAAUAAAGAAGUUUGGAGUCCUCAAUGACGACGGCACGAUGUCCGACGGGUUCGAGAUCGGGGAAUUCGAUCCGGAUAACACGGAUGAGUCGGUGGACGAGAAACAACCUGAUGCUUCUAGUUCAGAAUUGAGAGUCAAGGUGGAGAAAUUUGUGUGGUGUUUGGUUAAUAUGAGCGAGUACAUACCGUGUUUGGAUAAUGUAGAUGCCAUUGGGAAGCUGGAAUCGGUGGAAAGAGGGGAGAGAUUUGAGAGGCAUUGUCCUGUUGAGGAGAAACGGUUUAACUGCUUGGUUCAGACUCCUAUAGGUUAUCGUUUACCGAUUCCAUGGCCAAAAAGCCGAGAAGAGGUGUGGUACAGCAAUGUUCCCCACACUCGUCUGGUGGAAGAUAAAGGGGGUACAAAUUGGAUUAUCCGAGACAAGGAUAAGUUCAAGUUUCCAGGGGGUGGCACCCAAUUUAUACAUGGGGCAGAUCAAUACUUGGACCAUAUUUCUAAGAUGGUUCCUGAUAUCACAUUUGGUCAGAGUAUAAGAGUUUCACUUGAUGUUGGCUGUGGUGUAGCUAGUUUUGGUGCAUACUUGUUGUCAAGAAAUGUCAUAACCAUGUCUGUUGCUCCAAAAGAUGUUCAUGAGAAUCAGAUCCAAUUUGCUCUUGAGCGUGGUGUCCCUGCAAUGGUGGCAGCAUUUGCAACUAGACGUUUAUUAUAUCCUAGUCAAGCUUUUGAUUUGAUACAUUGUUCCCGCUGCAGAAUUAAUUGGACUCGAGAUGAUGGUAUUUUGCUACUUGAAGUUAAUAGGAUGCUAAGGGCAGGAGGGUACUUCGUGUGGGCUGCCCAACCAGUUUAUAAACAUGAGCAAAAUUUAGAAGAACAAUGGGAAGAGAUGCUUAAUCUUACUAUUCGUCUUUGCUGGAAGCUUUUAAAAAAAGAUGGGUAUGUUGCAAUAUGGCGGAAGCCCUCUGACAAUAGCUGCUAUCUAAACCGUGCGGCAGAAACUAAACCACCACUCUGUGACCCAAGUGAUGACCCCGACAAUGUCUGGUAUGUUAACUUAAAGGCAUGCAUCUCUGCAUUGCCUGAGAAUGGAUAUGGAGCAAAUCUUACCAAAUGGCCUGCACGUUUGCAAACUCCACCUGAUAGGCUUCAAAGCAUACUUGAUGCUUUCAAAUCUAGAAAAGAGCUUUUUAAAGCCGAAUCAAAAUAUUGGAAUGCGAUAAUAGCAAAUUAUGUAAAUGCUUUACAUUGGAAGACAGUGAGAUUAAGAAAUGUUAUGGACAUGAGAGCUAGUUUCGGAGGAUUUGCAGCUGCAUUGAUUGAUCAUAAUCUUGACAGCUGGGUUAUGAAUGUUGUUCCAGUUAGUGGCCCAAAUACCUUGCCAGUGAUAUAUGACCGUGGCCUGAUUGGUGUUAUGCAUGACUGGUGUGAACCAUUUGACACUUAUCCAAGAACCUAUGAUUUUCUGCAUGCUGCAUACCUUCUUUCGGUUGAGAAGAAAAGAUGCAACGUCUCGUCAAUCUUGCUUGAGAUGGAUAGGAUACUAAGACCUGGUGGACAUGUAUACAUCCGUGAUGCUCUUUCUAUCAUGAAUGAGCUUGUGGAGAUUGCCAAGGCUAUAGGCUGGCAAGCCACAGUGCGAGACACCAACGAGGGUCCUCAUGCAAGUUAUAGAGUCUUGGUUUGCUAUAAGCAUACAACCAGGUUAUAA